UCUGAAAUUAGUCCAUACAUUGUGCUUUUAAUGUUCAUUCAUUGCAUUGUUUCUUUUGGGUUUUGAUCAUUAGCCUCAUGUAUUAAAGUUAAGAGGGAAAUCAAAAAUAAUAAAUGAUCUUGUAGUGACAUGACUCAAUCGAUCCAAAAACGUCAAUUUUGUGUUGCGAAGUUCAAUGUGACAAGUUUUAACAGUAACAUUUCUCUAGUGUUUCAGGAAAUAUAUGCGCCCGCAUGCUUGUGUUGUGCAAAGAUGAGGAUAUCAAUAGGAGCUUAUUGGGUAUUGGUUUUCUUGUGCAUUUUUCUGUCUUCAGGGCAUAGUAUUCAUGCUUUCUCCUAUGACUAUUCUGCAACAACUGAGUGCUUGAUAGAGCCUCAGAGAGCUCAAUAUGGAGGAGGAAUAGUAGCCAAUCCAGAGUUUACUUAUAGCUUGGAAGGUUGGACUGUGUAUGGUGAAGGAGCAAUCAGAGAAGGAAUAUCAAAGGAUGGGAACAAAUACAUUAUUGCUCAUAGCAGAACACAAUCACUUGACAGUGCCUCACAGACGGUUCAAUUUGAGGAAGGAAAUCUUUAUAUUUUCUCCGCAUGGGUUCAAGUCAACAGAGGACGUGAGAGUGUAGCAGUUGUUUUGAGAACUGCUGCUGGUGAGCUGAUUCGUGCUGGUAAUGUUAUAGCCACCGAUGGAUGCUGGUCUUUGCUUAAAGGUGGCAUCUUUGCAAACUUUUCAGGCCCUGCUGAGAUUCUGUUUGAGAGCAAGAACACUACUGUGGAAAUAUGGAUUGACAAUGUCUCAUUACAACCCUUUACCAUGGAGCAAUGGAGAUCCCACCAAGAUGAAAGCAUUCACAAGGAAAGAAAGAGAAAGGUGAGAUUCCAGGUAACAUAUGCAAACAAAACUGCCGUGGAAGGUGCUGUAAUAUCCAUAAAACAAACCGAAUCAAGCUUCCCAUUUGGAUGUGGCAUGAACCAUUACAUCGUGGAAAACGUAGAUUACCAAAACUGGUUUGCUUCAAGAUUCAGGUAUGCCACUUUCACUAAUGAAAUGAAGUGGUACAGCACCGAGAAAAAACAGGGUCAGGAAAACUACACAAUUGCAGAUGCAAUGGUAAGAUUUGCCAAACAAAAUGGCAUUUCUAUCAGAGGUCACAACAUUUUCUGGGAUGAUCCAAAGUACCAACCAGACUGGGUUAAAAAUCUUUCUCCUAAUGAUUUACGAGAAGCUGCAGCAAAAAGAAUAAAUUCGGUGGUCUCAAGAUACGAAGGGCAACUAAUUGCUUGGGAUGUAAUGAAUGAGAAUCUGCACUUCAGCUUCUAUGAAGAAAAGCUUGGCGAAGAUGCCUCUGCAGAGUACUUCUCAACAGCUCACCAGCUUGAUCCCGGGACAAGAUUGUUCAUGAAUGAGUAUAAUACCAUUGAAGAUUGUACAGAUGAGGCUGCAAAUCCAUUUAACUACAAGAAGAGACUGGAGGAGAUUCUGUCAUAUCCUGGAAACCAAGGAAUUUUAGCAGGAAUUGGUGUGCAAGGCCACUUCAGUUCUGACCAACCAAAUCUUGCGUACAUGAGAGCUUCCUUGGACAUUCUAGCUACAAUAGGAUUGCCUAUAUGGCUUACUGAAGUAGACGUUGGCAGAGGCCCAAAUCAGGCAGAGUACUUGGAGCAGGUACUGAGGGAAGGCUACUCUCACCCUGGGGUUGAAGGAAUUAUCAUGUUCGUAGGCCCAGCAAUUGCAGGUUUCAAUGUUACAACACUAGCAGACAAAGAUUUCAAGAACACUCCAUCAGGAGAUGUUGUGGACAAACUGAUUGAUGAGUGGAAGUCUAAGCCUACUGAAAUUAAAGCAGAUAGUGAAGGAUCCAUUGAAGUUUCAUUGUUUCAUGGAGAUUACAAUAUAACUAUUAAAGACCCAGUUUCCAAUUCAUUGACUAGGUGGAAUUAUAAUAUGAUAAAAGACGAUACAACAGGCACUGUUCAUAUUCAUAUCAAUGCUUGAAAUGAAUCAUCACCAUCUCAAAUUACA